CAAGCAAGGAACAUGUUUUCUCGGCCAAGCCACAAGGCGGACGCCGACAUAGCCUCCGAGGAGACGUCGAGUAGCGCGGAACAUCUGCCUGCCGACGUUCCCAAGCCUUCGACGUCGAAGUUGCCGCUCCCGCUGCGGAUCAUAUGCCGCUUCCACGGCUUCCUGAGCUCGCGGCUGUACGCGGACACCGUCGUGGGCAGAUCCGUCGCCGAGCUGGAAGGUGUGUGCAACAUCAGGAGGGAGUUCAUGCUCUACAUCUUGCUGGUACUGCUCCUCCUGUCCUUCCUGAUCGGCGUGUUUGGGCGCCACAUGAGCAACGUCAUCUGCGUCCCGUAUCCAGCCAUAGUCUCCAUCAUCUCCGUGGACAGUAACGUCCGCCAGCGUUACGUCAAGUGGAUAACCUACUGGAUGGUCUUCGGCCUCGUCAACCUCGGCGACAUGGCGUGCCCGUUGGUGAGCGGCAUCGUGCCCCAGUAUCAUCUGUGGCGGACACUCUUUCUGGCCUGGUGUUUCUGCCCGUACAAGUGGAAUGGUUGCAAGCUGAUUCGGGAGAGCCUCUACACCGGCAAGAACUUGAGGAUUGCGAGAGUCGUUGCCUACGUGUUCUACGAAGGCGCCAGGGUGUUGACGGCUCGGUGACCGCGUCUGCGAAAUGUGUAGCCAGUUCUGAAGCUUAUGGAUUACAAAGAAGACAUCACACAUACGAGAAAAGAAAAACA